UAUCUGUUACUUUCUCUGAUCUCUAUCUUCUCCCCACCAAAACCCUAGUCGCCUAAACCCUCUCAGCCAGCCCUUUGUAAAGCAUUUCUCAGUGACCGUCGAUAUAUUGCACAUGAAAAGCUACAUGUAUGUUCAGAUUGCCACUAACCUGCAAAGGUAGGCAUCUUUCCGAAUUUCGGCCAUUGAUUCAAGCCCGUUGGUCUUUCUUUCCAGCAGCCACAACUUCUCUGCAAUUCACAUCAGAUGGCUUCAAAAAUGAGAACAAAGACAUUGAUCUCAAUCUCUUAUUCUUAUCCUGCACAAAAGUGCACCUUGCAAAGCGCCUUCAUGCCCUUCUUGUGGUCUCAGGGAAAGUUCAAGACGUCUUACUCUCCACCAGGCUUGUCAAUCUUUAUGCCAACCUUGGUGAUGUCUCAUUUGCUCGCUACACUUUUAAUCAGAUUCACAAAAAGAAUAUUUUUACCUGGAAUUCAAUGUUAUCUGCAUAUGCUCGCACUGGACGUUUCCGUGAAGUUGUGAAUUGUUUUUAUCAGUUUUUGUUGACCUCUGGUCUUCGACCUGAUUCCUACACUUUUCCGCCUGUGUUAAAAGCUUGUGGAAAUCUAGUUGAUGGGAAGAAGAUGCAUUGCUGGGUUCUAAAGCUGGGCUUUGAGUGGGAUGUCUUUGUGGCUGCUUCUUUGGUUCAUAUGUAUUCCCGGUUCGGCUUCUUAUGUGUUGCACGUAAAUUGUUCAAUAAUAUGCCGGUUCGAGAUAUGGGCUCUUGGAAUGCAAUGAUUUCUGGGUUUUGUCAAAAUGGAAAUGCUGCAGAGGCAUUGGACCUCUUGGAUGAGAUGAGAUUGGAGGGGGUAAAGAUGGAUCGAGUAACUGUCUCAAGUCUACUUCCUGUUUGUGCACUAUCAGGUGAUAUGUUAAUUGGGAUGCUGAUUCAUUUAUAUGUCAUAAAGCAUGGACUGGAAUUCGAUGUGUUUGUGUCCAAUGCCUUGAUUAACAUGUAUGCCAAAUUUGGUCGCUUGGGGCAUGCACAAAGGAUUUUUGAUGAGAUGGAGGUGAGAGAUUUGGUUUCAUGGAACUCAAUAAUUGCUGCCUGUGAGCAGAAUGAUGAUCCAAUUUCUGCACUUGGACUUUUUAAUAAGAUGCAUUUAACAGGGAUUCAGCCUGAUUUGCUGACAGGAGUGAGUUUGGCUUCUAUUUUUGCUCAAUUAUGUGAUCGUCAAAAUAGUAGGUCUGUUCAUGGAUUCAUUGUCAGGAGAGGUUGGCUUAUGGAAGAUGUUGUCAUUGGAAAUGCAGUUGUGGACAUGUAUGCGAAAUUAGGUGCUAUAGAUUCUGCUCGUACAGUUUUUGAAGGACUUCCUGUCAAAGAUGUGAUCUCAUGGAAUACUUUAAUCACAGGUUAUGCUCAAAAUGGUCUUGCAAGUGAGGCAAUUGAAGUGUACAGUAUGAUGGAGGAGCACAAAGAGAUAAUUCCUAACCAAGGGACUUGGGUAAGCAUUCUACCAGCAUAUUCCCAUGUAGGAGCCUUACAACAAGGAAUGAGAAUUCAUGGGCGGGUGAUUAAGAACUGUCUCUACUUGGAUGUCUUCGUUGGUACCUGCCUCAUUGACUUGUAUGGAAAAUGUGGGAGAUUAGAUGAUGCAAUGUCCUUAUUCUAUCAAGUGCCCAGGAAGAGUUCGGUUUCUUGGAAUGCCGUAAUAUCCUGCCAUGGAAUUCAUGGGCAUGGCGAGAAAGCUCUGAAGCUAUUUAAUGAAAUGGUAGAUGAGGGGGUGAAGCCAGAUCAUGUAACCUUUGUAUCUUUACUGUCAGCUUGUAGCCAUUCAGGUUUGGUUGAUGAGGGUCAACUGUGCUUUCAUGUGAUGCAAGACGAAUAUGGGAUCAAGCCUCGUUUGAAGCACUAUGGCUGCAUGGUAGAUUUGCUUGGUCGAGCUGGACGUCUAGAAAUGGCUUACAAUUUUAUAAAAAAUAUGCCUAUACAGCCUGAUGCUUCUGUCUGGGGCGCUCUUCUUGGUGCUUGUAGAAUACAUGGAAAUUUUGACCUAGGUUCAUUUGCUUCAGAUCGCUUGUUUGAGGUUGAUUCGGAGAAUGUUGGCUACUAUGUUUUGUUAUCCAAUAUUUAUGCAAAUAUUGGGAAAUGGGAGGGAGUGGAUAAAGUGAGAUCAUUGGCCAGAGAUAGGGGAUUAAAGAAGACACCUGGGUGGAGCUCAAUCGAAGUGAACAAUAAAGUCGAUGUCUUCUAUACUGGAAACCAAACCCAUCCAAAAUGUGACGAAAUAUACAAGGAGCUGAAGGUUCUGACUGAAAAAAUGAAGAGCCUUGGUUAUGUUCCCGACAAUAGCUUUGUGUUGCAGGAUGUUGAGGAUGAUGAGAAGGAGCAUAUCCUCAUAAGUCAUAGUGAGAGACUGGCAAUUGUGUUCGGAAUCAUUAGCACCCCUCCCAAAAGCACCAUUCGGAUUUUCAAGAACUUGCGGGUUUGUGGUGACUGCCACGAGGCAACAAAAUUCAUAUCUAGGAUUACUGAGAGAGAGAUCAUCGUGAGGGAUUCGAACCGUUUCCAUCACUUCAAGGAUGGAAUUUGCUCUUGUGGCAAUUAUUGGUGACAUGAAAAAUUCGAUUCUUGGGAUUCAAACACUUCACACUUGGAUGAAGACUGGCCUUAUGUGUAAGCAGAACUUACAAAGGUUUUGAUUUUCAGAGGAUGUUGUGCCAUAGGAAGAAAGCCUGUAAGUGUUCAUUAUAUUCUUUUGUAACUUGCUGUGGUAAGACAGUAGUCACUUUUUUCCUUAUCUUUCACAUUUGUAUUUUCAUCAUCUAAGAAUGUCUGCAUAAGCCCCCAUAUGCUCAGGGAAGCAAGCUGGGAGUGCCACAUUAGUAACCCAA